UCUAUUAUUUUCUGAUCACUAGUUUUGUUUUUAGUAUUUACCGUGGCAUUAUUCAACAUGAUUGGUGAAGCAGUUAACUCAAGUCUUCUUUGUGAGCGAUCUCUCCUCUCUGUGUUAUUAUCCCUCCACCGCAACUCAACAAGGAAAUGCUGUCUAUUGAAACAGAUGAUGAAGAUGUCAGGAAGAGUCACCAGUUGCUGUGUAGCUCUGUUCUUUGUGCUGAACUCUGUGUCGGCUGUACAGAUUAAUCUCAAUUCAAUCAGCAACUUGAAGCAAAUAUACUUCGGCCAAUCUGUGCCCAAGCACAGUCUACUGCUGCUCCACUGGUUUGCCAACACAGUUGAAAUCGACGACAAUAACAUCAUAUGGCUGACCUUUGACCCAAACAGUGGAGAUUAUGGUUCCCAUCAGUAUCACAACUUCGAGGAGCUGUUGGAACCACUUCCGUGGGGAAAUGAAUACCGAUACUACACUGUUGGCAAUCUCUAUCAAGAAACGUCCAUGCCAUUUCCUCCUUAUGUUGUCCGUCCCCGAAGGGAGUAUGUGGGAACAAACAGUGACAGGAUCAUAAUUCGUAUCAGGGGACAAAACACAAGAUGGCAGAGGAUAGACCAAGUUUAUAUCACACAGCAUAUUGAACAUCUGGGGGAAUAUGAUCCAGAUCAUACCUACAGGAUCACUACUAACCUCCUGAGAGAGAUCAGAGAGUUUUCUGUAGGAGAAAACCAACAGCCACUAAGGUAUCUCAGAAACCUCUAUGGAAGUAACGCUGAUGAGUUCCGCAUCAGAAACACAUGGGGUGACCUUGCUUGCCUUGGACUGCUGUUGUUUAUUGUGAUCCAGGAAAAGUACACCGUUCAACAACAAUGCAUACGAGUAAACAGAGAAGAUGAUGAUUUUUAUCGUUUGAUAAUCUGCAUUCUUUUUGUACUUGUGAUAUUAGGUUUACUUGCAUUUUUUAAUAGAUUGGGGAAGUAAAUGUCAAAAAAUGAGGGAGAGUAAUGGAUGUUGUCUAAACCAAGGUGUGAUUGUGCUUUUCAAGGACGAUUAGAACCAUGAAGCCAGCAGGACUAAUAAGUUGACUGGGAACAAAUAAAUCAGAUACUUACAACACCUCAGUACCUUUAAACAACAGCCAGGGUUGUUCUGUUUUAUGCUUUGCUUUGCCUCCACAUGUUUAAUCUUAUUGUGUACUAUAUUAUCUUUUUUGUAAAUGGUCCUCAGUUAAGAUUGAGAUAUAGGCUCGGUAUGACAUGCUUGUGAUAAAAGGCCAAGUUCUUUAAAUCACCCAUCUCAAACCGUGUGCUAUGAAGGGCAGAGAGUCUUCAGUAUAUUUGGACAUUUAUAGCUCUAUUUACUUAAUUGCAGUUUAUUUAUAACAGCAGGAAUUCGCCUUCAUUAUAAAUAUAACUGAGCAAAAUCUAUUUUAUUGACUGAUAAUUCAUCCUGUGUCUGAUGGAGAUGAAGAGAAUGUAAAUUGCACUGAUGGAUAAAUAAAACAGAUAAAUGAAUGAAACUAGCUUAAAAAACCGGAGUGUAUUUCAUUUAUGUUUUUUUUAUUCUUUCUGUUGUUUUGGAAAUUGUGUUUAAUAAACAUGAAUUUAUAAGUC